CUUUCAGUCAUUUGUUUACGACUUCGCUAUUGGUUUGCGUUUUGUUGAAAGUUUUUAAACAUUCAUUAGUUUUAAUCAUUUUAUUAAUUCAUUUCACAUUUAAUUCAAACCUAAUUGUCAGCACAUUGUCCACCAAACGGAUCCCAAUGUCUGUCACACUUCACACCGAUUUGGGAGACAUUAAGUUAGAGUUAUUCUGCGAGAAGUGUCCGAAGAGUUGCGAAAACUUCCUGGCCUUAUGUGCGUCCGACUACUACAAGGGAUGUCUCAUUCACCGCAAUAUCAAAGGCUUUAUGGUUCAGACGGGAGACCCCACGGGCACCGGGAAGGGCGGCGCCUCCAUAUGGGGCGACAAGUUUGACGACGAGAUCCACUCAGACCUCAGACAUACCGACAGAGGCCUCGUCUCGAUGGCCAACAACGGGCCCAACACUAAUGGAUCCCAAUUCUUCAUCACAUACUCCAAGCAAACACAUCUGGACCUCAAGUACACUAUCUUCGGAAAAGUCAUCGAUGGUAUGGACACAUUGGAUGAGUUGGAGAAACUGGCGGUCAAUCCGAAGAACUUUAGGCCACUUAAUGACACCCGUCUUAAUGAUGUGACCAUUCACGCCAACCCUAUCGCCAAAUAGGUGUCACUUUCCCGACAACAUAGCCAUCAAUCAAUGAAUCAUAUAUUUUCUUAAUUUAUUAUACGAUUUGUGACAAAAAUAAACACAUAUUUAAAACAUUGGA